AUGCCGCCGAAAAAGGCAACAGUCGAUAAGGGCACCACCAUUCGCGCCGCCUCUCGCAACAAGCAGCGCCCCGCCCACCACCCUUCUUCCUCCGCAAGCCCCUUCGGCUCGUCCUCCGCAUCAUCGCUCGCAUCAUCACUGUCAUCACUAUUCGUUCCUCAGCCUCACGGAAAGGAUGCGGCUCUAGCGUCGCUCUUGGGUUCCAGCUCAAAGCUGACGUCGAACCUCGGCCAGGCGGCUGGGUUGGCUGCUUUCGGAUCGUUCACACAGCCGCAGUCGCACGCUACGAGCGCAAGUGUCCAGACAAGUCUUGAUGAUAGGCAGAAGGGCAAGAAGAAAGAUGUCUCGACCAGGGUCCCAGCUCCUUCGGUCGACACUGUGACCAAACAUGACAUUGCAGGACAGCAGGAGGCGACGGCGUCGGGCAGCAAACAACCUGAUGCCCAUGUUAAGAACGAUCGCGUGCAAAAGCAUUCAAAGGGCGCAGUCGCAGCCACGUCAGGUGUUCCGCCGAAUAGGAAACCGGUGUUUCGACCUGUACUGGCGAGCUCUACCGCCGUGAGCUGGCCCGAGAUGCCCGUUGCUGGAUCCAAAGUGGUGCUUCAUACGCUGUUGGAGGUUCUUGCAAAGGCGGAUGUCCAGGCAGCGCUGUACCGCGAUCUGGGGAGGAGGUCACGCGCGGGGUCGUCAAAGCCAGGCGAAGGUGCACGAGGCGAGGAUAUGGACAUUGAAAACGGAGCGGACAAGGUCGCGCAUGUACAAGUCCUGGCCGGGAUCAACAGCAUCACGCGUGCUAUUGAGGACGAUAUCGCUCGGGAUCUGGCAAGGAUACAAACCAACACCUCGGAGGCUAAAGGCAAGCAAGCGCAGACUGAAGCAGCACCACCUAGCGUUCGAAUCGUCUUCGUGUGUCGUCACGACCUCCCCUCACCAAGCCUGGUCUCGCACCUUCCGAUGCUGGUCGCUGCUCGUAACGCCGUCCUGCACGCCUCCCAACCGGACCUUCACGGCGGCGUACUCCUCUUCCCCCUCCCCUCCGCCUCCGAACCCCUCCUCGCGCAAGCGCUCAACCUCCGCCGCACCUCCAUCUUCGCCCUCACCACCGCCUUCCCUCCACACCACCUCGAUCACCUACUCAGCGCCAUCCAACGCGAAACAUGCUCCACCUGUCUCCCACGCGCUGCCUGGCUCGAAACCGCCAUCCUCUCUUCCACAUCCUCACAAACCAACCUCAACUUGCUGCAGAGACCAACGUCGAUCAAGCUGUUACGCACCACCCAACCAACCGAUCUCAACGCAUGUAAAGCAGCAAAGAGGACGAGGAGGAAGGAGAGAUCGGUGAGGUGGAAGAGGAAGAAGAUGGCCGCGCUGCAGCAGGUUAAGGGUUUGGAGAGGGAGUUGAAGAUGGAAGAGAGGAAGAGGAGGGCAUCGAGGAGGGUAGGGGCGACGAGUCAGAAGGAGGCACGAGCGUGA